GAGGAAGCACUACUGAAGCAUAGGAGGAGCUUGUAGGUAUCUGUGUAUUCUAGGGUUUGGAAAGCAAUGGGGAAGAACGAGAAGACAGGGCUAGGGCGAGCCCUGGUGAGGCACCACAACCAGAUGAUCCAGCAAACCAAGGAGAAGGGCCGAUUCUACAGGAAUCAGGAGAAGCGAGUCCUCGAGUCUGUGACGGAGGUAAACGACAUCGACGCCGUCAUCGAGCAGGCCGAAGAAGCUGAGCGCCUCUUCUCUGUCGAGAACCCCGUCCCUAACCUUCUCAUUAACCUGGAUGCCGCACCUGGCAUGACGCCCGAAGAAAGGAGAAAGCAACAGAAGAUAGAGGAGGCAUUGUACGCGAGCAAUCUUCAAGUACCUCGCAGGCCACCUUGGAAUGCUGGCAUGUCCGUGGAGGAGCUCGACACUAAUGAGAGACAGUCUUUCUUAAUAUGGCGACGAAAUCUUGCAAGACUUGAGGAGAAUGAGAAACUUGUUCUUACACCCUUUGAGAAGAACCUGGAUAUCUGGAGGCAGCUCUGGCGGGUGCUUGAACGAAGUGAUUUGCUUGUAAUGGUUGUUGAUGCACGUGAUCCAUUGUUCUAUCGCUGCCCUGAUCUUGAGGCAUAUGCAUGUGAGAUUGAUGAACACAAAAAAACUUUGCUGCUUGUUAACAAGGCAGACCUUUUACCCUUUACUGUCAGGGAGAAAUGGGCAGAGUACUUUCGUCAACAUGGGAUUCUCUUUGUAUUCUGGUCAGCAAAGGCUGCUUCUGCGGCUCUGGAAGGGAAAAUUUUGAGUGGUCUCUGGGAGAAGCAAGGCACAUUAGAUGGAGCAGAUUACACUGAUACCAAAAUUUAUGGAAGGGAUGAACUUUUGGCCCGUUUACAGGCCGAAGCAGAGGCUAUAGCAUCAAAUAGAAGGGGUCAACGUACAAGUCAUGCUCAGUCUGUCAGUGGUGGUAGUAAAUCAAGUCCCUCUAAGCAUGUUGUGGUGGGGUUUGUGGGCUAUCCUAAUGUGGGGAAGAGCUCCACAAUUAAUGCCUUGGUGGGUGAGAAGCGAACUGGUGUAACCUCAACUCCAGGGAAGACGAAACAUUUCCAGACAUUAAUAAUAUCUGAUGAGCUGAUGCUGUGUGACUGUCCUGGUUUGGUGUUCCCGUCUUUCUCCAGCUCAAGAUAUGAGAUGAUUGCAUCAGGGGUGUUGCCAAUUGAUCGAAUGACUGAACAUAGGGAGGCUGUACAAGUUGUAGCCAAUCAAAUUCCUAGGCACGUUAUCGAGACUGUCUAUAAUAUCACUUUGCCCAAACCGAAACCAUAUGAACUGCAAUCUAGGCCUCCAUUGGCAUCAGAGCUUUUGAGGGCCUUCUGCGCCUCUCGUGGAUAUGUAGCUUCUAGUGGACUGCCAGAUGAGACUAGGGCAGCACGACUAAUUUUGAAGGACUACAUUGACGGGAAGCUGCCUCACUUUGAAAUGCCCAAUGUAACGUCUGAUGAGGAGACCAAGGACCUAGAUGCUGCUGAACCUAGCUCCUCUGCUGAAUAUGAAUCCAAUUCAUCUGAAGCUGAAGAUCAUCCACCUGAUGCAGCAUCAAACUCCAACCUCGAGCAUGUGCUGAAUGAUCUUGAGUCAUUUGACUUAUCCAAUGGGCUAGCUCCCACCAAGGCUGCUGUUGUCAAGAAGAAGCCAUCAGCUGCAUCCCACAAACAGCACAAAAAACCUCAGAAGAAAAAGGACCGAACAUGGAGGGUCGGAAAUGAUGGUGGGGAUGGAAUGCCAGUGGUUAGAGUCUUUCAGAAGACCGCGAAUGUUGGUCCCCUCAGGGCUGGAUAAAGUUGCUUCCUU